AUGUUUUUACAAUUUUUGUUGCUAUGCAUCUGUUUAUCAGUUGCUACUGCAAAGGUAGUUACAGGCAUUUUCCAUAGUUUUGAUUCGUUGACUUGGACCAAUGCUGCUUCUUAUCCGUAUAGAGGUCCAUCAACUCCUACUUGGAAUGCUGUUAUCGGUUGGACUUUGGAUGGAGCUGUUGCUAGUCCUGGUGACACAUUCACAUUGAACAUGCCUUGUGUUUUCAAAUUUAUUACUGAUCAAACUUCAGUUGAUUUAGUUGCUGAUGGUCGUACUUAUGCUACAUGUGAUUUAUAUUCUGGAGAAGAGUUUACUACUUUUUCAAGUUUGAAAUGUACUGUUAGUAAUGCAUUGAAUUCUCAAACUAAGGCCCUAGGAACAGUAACUUUACCAUUGUCCUUCAAUAUUGGUGGAUCAGGUUCAGAUGUUGAUAUUACAAGUUCCCAAUGUUUUAAAGAAGGAACAAACACUGUUACAUUUAACGAUGGUGACACUACAUUUUCUACAACUGCUAAUUUCCAAAGAUCAGAUGUGAAUGCAAAUGAUCGUAUCUUACUUUCAAGAAUUUUACCCAGUCUUGCAAAAUCAGUAACUAUUUUUAUCCCUCCAAGAUGUGCAAGUGGUUAUUCUUCGGGUACAAUGGGGUUUUCAACUGCUGGUACUGAUGCCAUUAUUGAUUGUUCUACUGUUCAUGUGGGGAUAUCAAAUGGUUUGAAUGAUUGGAAUUAUCCAAUAGAGCUGAAGUCGUUUUCUUAUACAACAAGUUGUUCAUCAAAGGGUGUUCUGGUUACCUAUCAGAAUGUUCCUGCUGGAUAUCGUCCAUUUGUUGAUGCUUAUAUUUCUGCGCUCACCUCAUAUACUAUGCAAUACACAAAUCAGUAUACUUGCGUUGGUGCUCGCCCUGUUGAUGCUUCUUUUAGUUAUAAUUGGCUUGGCUAUGAUAAUGCCGAGGCUGGUUCUAGAGGUAUUACCAUUGUCGUAACAACAAGCACAGUUACAGAUAGUACUACUGCUGUAACUACUUUACCAUUCAAUUCCGAUGUUGACAGAACCAAAACAAUUGCUGUUUUACAACCCAUUCCAACAACCACCAUCACAACAUCAUAUGUUGGUGUGACUACUUCCUACAGAACCCAAACUGUACCAAUUGGACAAACUGCUACUGUUAUUGUUGAUGUUCCGUAUCACACUACCACAACUGUUACUAGUGAAUGGACAGGAACAAUCACUACUACUACAACACAAACUAAUCCAACAGGUUCAAUCGAUACAGUUGUUGUACAAGUUCCACUGCCAAACCCAACAGUCUCCACUACUGAAUAUUGGUCGCAAUCCUAUGGAACAACUACCACAGUCACCGGCCCUCCAGGUGCUACUGAUACGAUUAUCAUUAGGGAACCACCAAACCCAACUGUCACCACAACCGAGUACUGGUCUCAAUCCUUUGUCACGACCACCACUGUUACUGCCCCUCCAGGUGGUACAGACACUGUGAUAAUUAGAGAACCACCAAACCCAACUGUGACAACAACCGAGUACUGGUCUCAAUCCUUUGUCACGACCACCACUGUUACUGCCCCUCCAGGUGGCACUGACACUGUGAUAAUUAGAGAACCACCAAACCCAACUGCUACGACAACCGAGUACUGGUCACAGUCAUAUGCUUCAACCACCACUGUUACUGCCCCUCCAGGUGGCACUGAUACUGUUAUCAUUAGGGAACCACCUAAUUACACGGUUACAACCACUGAAUACUGGUCACAAUCGUUUGCUUCGACUACUACUAUUACUGGUCCACCAGGUGGUACAGAUACUGUUAUCAUUAGGGAACCACCUAAUUACACGGUUACAACCACUGAAUACUGGUCACAAUCGUUUGCUUCGACUACUACUAUUACUGGUCCACCAGGUGGUACAGAUACUGUUAUCAUUAGGGAACCACCUAAUUACACGGUUACAACCACUGAAUACUGGUCACAAUCGUUUGCUACUACCACCACUGUUACUGCUCCUCCAGGUGGUACAGAUACUGUGAUUAUCAGAGAGCCACCUAAUUACACAGUUACUACUACUGAAUACUGGUCACAGUCAUAUGCUUCAACAACGACUGUUACUGCCCCACCAGGUGGCACUGACACUGUGAUUAUUAGAGAACCACCUAAUUACACAGUAACUACAACUGAAUACUGGUCACAGUCUUAUGCAACUACGACCACUGUUACCGCCCCUCCAGGUGGUACUGACACUGUGAUCAUUAGGGAGCCACCUAAUUACACAGUAACUACAACUGAAUACUGGUCGCAAUCGUUUGCUACUACCACCACUGUUACCGCCCCUCCAGGUGGCACUGAUACUGUUAUCAUUAGGGAACCACCUAAUUACACGGUUACAACCACUGAAUACUGGUCACAAUCGUUUGCUACUACCACCACUGUUACUGCCCCUCCAGGUGGUACAGACACUGUGAUAAUUAGAGAACCUCCAAACCCAACUGUGACAACAACCGAGUACUGGUCUCAAUCCUAUGCUACAACCACGACUGCUACAGCACCACCGGGUGGUACCGACACUGUGAUUAUUAGAGAACCACCUAAUUACACAGUAACUACAACUGAAUACUGGUCACAGUCUUAUGCAACUACGACCACUGUUACCGCCCCUCCAGGUGGCACUGAUACUGUUAUCAUUAGGGAACCACCUAAUUACACGGUUACAACCACUGAAUACUGGUCACAAUCGUUUGCUACUACGACCACUGUUACCGCUCCUCCAGGUGGUACAGACACUGUGAUAAUUAGAGAACCACCAAACCCAACUGCUACGACAACCGAGUACUGGUCACAGUCAUAUGCUUCAACCACCACUGUUACUGCCCCUCCAGGUGGAACCGAUAUUGUCCUUAUUGGAGAACCUCCAAACCCAACUGUGACAACAACCGAGUACUGGUCUCAAUCCUAUGCUACAACCACGACUGCUACAGCACCACCGGGUGGUACCGACACUGUGAUUAUUAGAGAGCCACCUAAUUACACGGUUACAACCACUGAAUACUGGUCACAAUCGUUUGCUUCGACUACUACUAUUACUGGUCCACCAGGUGGUACAGAUACUGUUAUCAUUAGGGAACCACCUAAUUACACAGUAACUACAACUGAAUACUGGUCACAGUCUUAUGCAACUACGACCACUGUUACUGCCCCUCCAGGUGGCACUGAUACUGUUAUCAUUAGGGAACCACCUAAUUACACGGUUACAACCACUGAAUACUGGUCACAAUCGUUUGCUUCGACUACUACUAUUACUGGUCCACCAGGUGGUACAGAUACUGUUAUCAUUAGGGAACCACCUAAUUACACGGUUACAACCACUGAAUACUGGUCACAAUCGUUUGCUACUACCACCACUGUUACUGCUCCUCCAGGUGGUACAGAUACUGUGAUUAUCAGAGAGCCACCUAAUUACACAGUUACUACUACUGAAUACUGGUCACAGUCAUAUGCUUCAACAACGACUGUUACUGCCCCACCAGGUGGCACUGACACUGUGAUUAUUAGAGAACCACCUAAUUACACAGUAACUACAACUGAAUACUGGUCACAGUCUUAUGCAACUACGACCACUGUUACUGCCCCUCCAGGUGGUACCGACACUGUGAUUAUUAGGGAACCUCCAAAUUACACAGUAACUACAACUGAAUACUGGUCACAGUCUUAUGCUACUACGACCACUGUUACUGCCCCUCCAGGUGGUACUGAUACUGUUAUCAUUAGGGAACCACCUAAUUACACAGUAACUACAACUGAAUACUGGUCACAGUCUUAUGCAACUACGACCACUGUUACCGCUCCUCCAGGUGGCACUGAUACUGUUAUCAUUAGGGAACCACCUAACUACACGGUUACCACAACUGAAUACUGGUCACAGUCUUAUGCAACUACGACCACUGUUACCGCUCCUCCAGGUGGCACCGACACUGUUAUCAUUAGGGAACCACCUAACUACACGGUUACCACAACUGAAUACUGGUCACAGUCUUAUGCAACUACGACCACUGUUACCGCUCCUCCAGGUGGCACCGACACUGUUAUCAUUAGGGAGCCACCUAAUUACACAGUAACUACAACUGAAUAUUGGUCACAAUCGUUUGCUACUACGACCACUGUUACUGCCCCUCCAGGUGGCACUGAUACUGUUAUCAUUAGGGAACCACCUAAUUACACAGUAACUACAACUGAAUACUGGUCACAGUCUUAUGCAACUACGACCACUGUUACUGGUCCACCAGGUGGCACUGAUACUGUUAUCAUUAGGGAACCACCUAACUACACGGUUACCACAACUAAAUACUGGUCACAGUCUUAUGCAACUACGACCACUGUUACUGGUCCACCAGGUGGUACAGAUACUGUUAUCAUUAGAGAACCACCAAACCCAACUGUUACUACCACUGAAUAUUGGUCAGAAUCCUAUGCUACCACCACCACCAUUACCGCCCCACCAGGAGGUACCAACUCAGUAAGAAUCAGAGAGCCUCCAAAUUUUACAGUCACAACCACUGAGUAUUGGUCACAAUCUUAUGCAAGUACUACAACCGUUACUGGUCCACCAGGUGGAACUGACACCGUAAUCAUCAAGGAACCUCCAAAUUACACGGUUACCACUACUGAAUACUGGUCACAGUCAUACGCAAGUACUAGCACUGUUACUGCUCCACCGGGAGGAACUGAAACUGUGAUUAUCAAGGAACCACCUAAUCCAACUAUUACUACCACUGAGUUUUGGUCACAGUCCUACGACACUACCACAACCAUUACUGCCCCACCAGGUGGCACUAAUAGUGUCAUUAUCCGAAUCCGUUCUAGUCCAAGUGAUGAAUCUAGUGAGUCCACAUUCUCAAUAUUAUCUGUUCCCUCAUUUUCAGCCUCGAUAAGUAUUGUCUCCUCGUUUUCUCGUCCACAUUAUGUAAACACUACGGUUACCAACUUACCUAGUUCCCAGUCAUCAUCAGUGAAUAUACUUUCCAGUGAUGAGAUAACGUUUACUAAUGAUGAUAGAUUCACGUCUUCGAUUGUUUUUGAAAGUGGUGAAACAAGUGUGGCAAUAUCAACAACUUUCUGUGAUGACGAACAUGGUUGCCAAUCUUCUGCUACACAAGGUUCUGUUGUAAGAACUACUGCAACAACGACGGCAACAACCACAACAGUUAUUGGUGGCAAUAAUGGCACGGAUAAACCAAAGUCUGGUGAGUUAGCUUCUACUGGUUCUGUUACAAGCAAGAUAGUAACACCGGGUGGUCCAUCACCAACUGCACCCUCGAAUCCUGGGUCUCCAAAUAAUGGUGUACCAUCACCUAAAUCACCAUCUGCAGAAACACCAGCCACCAAGAAUGUACCUGGAUCACCAGAUAUUCCAGACACUAAAUCGACUGAUAUUGCUAGGACAACGACUAUUGUGUCCCAUACGGUGACUGAGAGUGGAGCUAUUGGUGUUCUGAUAAAUCCAAAUCCUGCUUUGACAACAGGUACCCCAUUGGUAGGUAAACCUGGUUCUGUAGUUAACCCGUCACGUGAAACUGGUAUCAAUACAGGAUCAAGAAGUUCAACUAAGAUUGUUACUCCACAUGCUACUGGAACUGCCACAGCUGCUAUUCCAGAUACAGGUAAUGGUGCUACUACAAAGGGUCAUGAUACAACUGGUGGUAAUUCCCAUGGAUCUGCAGCUACCACUAAUACUCAAGGUGGAAAUAAUGAACCAGGUAAUCAAUCACCACCUAAUACAGGUGGAGCACCUGUGGGUACCAGUAGCCAAGGAGUUGACACCACAGCCUCUCAAGCGACUACAUUAAGUCAACAGACUACAAGUUCCUUAAUCACCACGCCUUUAGCUUCUACAUUUGAUGGUUCUGGUUCUAUUACUCAACAUUCAACCUGGUUGUAUGUGUUGCUUACUGCUAUUUCUUUAUUCUAUUAG